AUGGUUGAUUCACAACUAGCACAAUUGGCCGAGAGAGUUCCUUUCAACUCAUCUUCCACUUUGCCCGGACAAUCACAAACCAACCCUUCCAAUAUUGUAAAACCCGACUCUUGCAAGGCAAUCACAUUGAGAUCGGGUACAUCUUAUGAGGGUCCCAAGGAAGAGGAUGGUAAGGAAAAGAAGGAGGGAGAAGAAGAGAUGAGUGAUGAUAAAAAAGUUGAAGAAGUGAAGGUUGAUGAGAAAGAGAAGAGUAUGGAGAAAAAGAAGACUAAGGAUGUGGUGACAUCCCCAACUUCUAGUGAGGCUAGAAACCUUGAUGGACCGGUUCCUUUUCCAGGUCGGCUUGCGAAGAGGAAAUUGAACGAUACAUUUGCAAAGUUUCUAAGUGUGAUGAAAAACUUACACAUUAACCUCCCUUUCAUUGAGGUUGUCACACAAAUGCCCUCAUACUCCAAGUUCUUGAAAGACAUUCUCACCAACAAAAGGAAGCUCAAUGACGAGCUUAUCACUCUUCCCCAUCAAGUGAGCGCACUUGUUCAACACAAAAUGCCCAAGAAGCAAAAGGACCCGGGAAGCUUCACCUUGCCGGUCAAGAUUGGGAACAUGGAAGCUAGGGGUGCCCUAGCCGACCUCGGAGCAAGUGUUAGUUUGAUACUUCUAUCCAUUGCUCAAAAGCUUAAAAUUGAGAUGAUCCCCACAAGGAAAACCAUUCAAUUGGCCGAUCAUUCGGUGAAGCUACCUUGUGGUGAGCUUGAAGAUGUCCCUAUUCAAGUUGGGCAUAUCUAUGCGCCAUGUGACUUUGUAGUGAUGGAUAUGGAAGAAGAUGUGGAUACACCUUUGAUUUUUGGCUGUGAAGCUCUUAAAACCUUGGGGGCGGUAAUCAAUUGCAAGAAUAAUACCAUUACAUGUGAAGUAGCCGAUGAAAAAAUUAUCUUUGAAUUCUCUAAGCUACUCAAGACCCCCAUGGUUGAGAAGUGCUAUAGGGUUGAUGUUGUCAAUGAAGAGCUAGAUCGUUUGGGAAGGGUUGUCAUGAGUCCUAAAGAUCCUAUGGUCGUAGCUCUCACAUGUGAGGAAGAUUAA